AGUCGCGGGUGCCUGGCACGUGCCAUUUGAUUACUUACCUUGAACAAGUCGACGUCAGAGUCCAGACAACACAAACAUGUUGAGCACUAGGCUGAUUCGAAGGCUCUUGAAACGUCUGUGCCAAAUCUUGGCGGCACUCGUAGUUUCAUCUGCCCAAAGAUUGCGCAUCCUCGUGACUUGCUUUCGACACUUGAUGACCAAGAUUCGCAGUUUCCCCAGGCACAAUACUGACUCAACGUCCUUCCCUCCAGACAGCUGCACUGUCUUGACCAAUGAUUCCAGUGUACGAUGUCCCCGGGCCAGCUUACCGUUGCCACUUCACAACCGGCAAAUAACUUCAGCAAGUGCCGCAAGCGGCAUGCCAGCGCCUUCAUUCCCCUCGCCCCAUCCAUAUAUGCACCCUACUCCGCCUCAGGCGUCUACGCCUACACCAACUGGCAGCGCAAGCUCUUCCAGUGCUCCGGACACCAUUCCCGAGUUUAAACCAUUCGUUGCGAAUGAGAUUUCACGAUACGAGAAUCGUCCUCUUGUCACGGUAGACAAAGAUCCCAAGCGCGAUUCAAUUCCAGCACUCAUGAGGCAGUUCCCCAACGAAUCAUGUCUGUGGUUGAGCGGUGAUUGGCAGUCAUGUGUACACCCGGAAGGCGUACUGUAUUUGUACAACCACCGCCGAGGAGCAUUCACGGAAACAAAGAUUGAUGGCAUAAAUAUGGAUGGCGAAAAGAUGGAUGGCCAAAUGCUCAGGUUGAUCGACAAAUGCGUAGAUGAGUUGUAUGACCUAGCGCGAAGAGAAUCAUUGAAUCUCGAAGCUGAUGCCAACAUCGAGCUCGUCGUGCAACUAGCGCAGACUGAAACCGAAGGCGGCCCACAAGUGGCUUGUCAUUAUUAUUUCGUCGACCACGCAGCUCGAAUUGUCUUUUGGUUGCACGAUCGCCAUCAAAUUGAAGGGAAAGAUGACAUUUUUAGUGGGAUCCGAGGCGUUGCCGAUCCGAGUCACAUUCGAUAUGCUCUGGAGUCUGAGUACUGGACGCACUGUGAAUACUACCCGAUCCACCAGAUAAAUAGACCGCAGAUCAUCAAGGAACUGAGGGAGCUUGUCAUGCAUACAAGUGCAGAGGUCAUCACUUCGGACAUAUCCUUGUCACCCUUUGAUGCAGAUGAACUUUCCCGAAUUAUGGAACUGAUAAACCAUCUGAAAGAGAAUGAUCUGGACAAUGACCCACAUUCCACUUGUGUUAUUGCGAGGUUCAUGCAUUACUUCUAUAGAGCCAAGUUCUUCAACUUCUGCGGUCUACCUUGCGCUCGCCUUGAAGCCGACAAAUCGGUGUACGGGGAGGAUACUGACUUUCAUCCACUGACCCGUAGUAUAUCUUUUGCUCUUAACGCCAUGCUUUUUUGGGCACCGCAAGCACACUUAGAAGAACUUCAAAAAGUGUGGGUGGAUGAAUGCACUAACAUGCCGAGGUGGAAAGACUUCAACAAAAACCUCAUGAUGGAAUGGACUGGGAUCACAAUCUAUUCCACCGUCAUGUUAGCAGUAGAUGUAAGUUUCCUUGCAGUGCCGAAUGUGAAUAUCAGCCAGUCACAGUCGAUCGGGAUCAUUGCAACCUACCUCUCCAUUAUCUUCAUCACCGGCUCCUUGAUCGUCUCAGUCCUGCUGGUGCGACAAAACCAAAGAUAUGGUUUUGAAUCAGCGGACAAAGCAGCAAUUUUCUUGUCCAAUAUGACGGGGACGUUUUUCGGAGUGAGAGCCCUUGCCACGGUUCACAGUCUUCCCUACGCAAUGCUUAUGUGGGGGAUGAUAUUCUUUGCAGUCGCCAUUCUGUACAACGUGUUCAAGUCUACGACGGUGGCCAUGCUGGCGUCGGUUGCCAGCGGGUGCGUGGUUGUUAUCAUGUUUAUUUUUUGGUUCAUCUGGGCAGCAAGAGAGAUCCAUCUUUCCGAGCGACUGGCUAAGUCUAUUUUUCCCUCAGUACUAGCAAGAAAUAUAUCAUAGUGCUUCCGGAUGUUUAAGUAUACGAUGGCAAGAGCUUUACGCACUGUAUUUGUAGCAUUGAACGUCUAAAUCAGUAUUCAACUCUGAGACC